GGACGACGGGUAAUUGAUUCAAAAGGACCAAUCAGCAGCUUCCAAAUGCUGUCAAAAAUUUUGCCAGUCUGUUGUUGCCUUGCAAUCCGUAACGUUUACUAAACGUUCACCGAAAAAAAAUUAACGGUAACGUUAACUAUCUUCGACAUCUGUGGAUUUUUUCCUUUCAAGCAGUGAAACAAGUGCUGAUAUCAUGGGGACUAGUUUUGCAGAGAUCUGUGACAACUGUAAGAUGGGUCGUGAGUAUGCACUGCUGGGGAACUACGACACGUCAUUGGUGUAUUACCAAGGUGUACUGCAGCAGAUUCAGAAACUACUGGUUGCCAUCAAGGAACCUGCACGCAAGCACAAGUGGCAACAGGUGCGUCAGGAGAUAGCUACAGAGUAUGAACACGUGAAGGACAUCAGCAGUACGCUCAACAGCUUCAAGACAGAUAACCAGGGUGCCCGCAGUCGUGUUCACGAGGAACCCACACGGGACCCUGAUGUCUGGCCACCGCCCACUCCUGUGGAACACAAACCUUCUCCCAACUAUAAUCGCCGCGGACCUGUCCGGGUCGAACCACGUCAGGCUCCCGCUCGUAUCGGACCAUCCAACGCUCCAGGUCGCGGUGCGGUCGAUCGUAGGGACCGGCGAGCGGGGCCGUCAGCAGGGGGUGGUGGAGACCGUAGGGGUGACCCCAGGGCACGGGGGCCGCCUGGACGACAGGAUCCUAAGGGAAGAGGAAAGGGCAAGGAUGAAAAAGGAGAUCGCAAGUCUCCGGAUGAAGAGAAGAAGUUUGACCCGGCAGGUUAUGACAAGGACCUGGUGGAGGCCCUGGAGAGGGACAUUGUGCAGAGAAACCCCAAUGUUCACUGGGAUGACAUUGCAGGGAAUCCAGAGGCUAAGAGGCUGUUAGAGGAGGCUGUGGUGCUGCCCAUGUGGAUGCCAGACUUCUUCAAAGGGAUCAGAAGGCCAUGGAAGGGAGUGUUAAUGGUGGGGCCACCAGGUACUGGGAAGACCAUGCUUGCCAAGGCUGUUGCUACUGAGUGUGGUACAACAUUUUUCAACGUGACCUCCUCCACGUUAAGCUCUAAGUACCGUGGAGAGUCUGAGAAACUGGUGCGACUCCUGUUUGAAAUGGCUCGUUUCUACGCUCCUAGUACCAUUUUUGUUGAUGAGAUUGACUCCAUCUGCAGUCGGCGUGGCAGUGACUCGGAACACGAGGCCAGUCGCAGGGUCAAGUCCGAGCUGCUGAUUCAGAUGGACGGUGUAUCUGCUAAUGAAGGAGAUGAAGGAAAGAUGGUGAUGGUGCUGGCAGCCACCAACUUCCCCUGGGACCUGGAUGAGGCCCUGCGGCGCAGACUGGAGAAACGGAUCUACAUCCCCCUGCCUGACACAUCAUCUAGGGAGGAACUGCUCAAGAUCAACCUGAAGGAAGUGCCGAUUGACGAAGAUGUUGUCCUGGCCUCUAUUGCCGAGAAAAUGGAUGGAUACUCUGGUGCUGACAUAACCAAUGUCUGCAGAGAUGCCUCCAUGAUGGCCAUGCGGCGCCGGAUUGAGGGUCUCACUCCAGACCAGAUCAAGAACCUCCCCAAAGAGGAGCUGGAACUCCCAACCUGCAUGAAGGACUUUGAAGAAGCCUUGAAGAAAGUGUCCAAGUCUGUCUCCAAAGAUGAUCUGACCAAGUAUGUUAAGUGGAUGGAGGAGUUUGGAUCCACAUAGUGUUUCAAGAAGACCUGAUCACUUUCCUUAGAAUGGACUCACCAGCUGUAUCUAGCUGCCUUUGUCUAUCAAUUAACCUCAUCUGAAGUAUAGCCUUAUACAUUUGAAAGUCCAAUUGAAAGUGGGGUAGAUAACUAACAACGUAGUAAGAAUGAUACAAACAAGUUGCAGAAAUGUAACGAGAAUCUUCUGUCCAGCCAGUGCUUUCUUAUUCCAUUCUUCCCAGACUUACCGCAACUGAAUUGUUGUAUAUGUAUACACAUGUCCUUCUGUCUUUUCUACUUCAGUACAAAUACAUGUGUCAUAGUGAAUCCACAUUGCAUUUACAUUGGUAGCAUGUCCGUCUAGAAAGCUCGUGCCUCCAGAGCUCAUCUUGCUAGUCCCAAGCAUGGGAUCUACAAAGGACCCCCCCCACACACACACACAAAUACUGCUUUAUUUAAUAGGUGCAUGAUUAUACUUCACCACAUUAUAAGAUGACUGCUUUACCUUACGUGUACAUUAUACUUGUGAUUGUGAAGAAUGAGAUUGUUGGUGUUAUUUGAGGUUGUGGCAAAUGGAAUUUCAGAAACUAGCUCAGAAUGAUAUUUUAAGUUCUAUUGAAUGGCACCAUAUUUUGUGCACUAGAUUGAUGUGUACUAGUACCACUGAGUGGUUGGUUCUUAAUUAUUUAUCUGCUGUAGGCCAGUUCACUUACUAAAUCUGUCAUGGCUGUCUGGUAGAGUCAAUUCCACAUUACCAUUUGGGUGUUUGUUGCCUUUUAUUCUAACAUUGGAGCCAGCUUAAAACCUUUGCUUAUGGGGCCAACAACCCAAAUCUACUAUUUGUAAGAUGUUGCCAAUUGUGAAAAAAUCACAUAGCUGUCACCUAUGUGUUUGAAAAUUGUUCUAAAAAAGAGAUAUUUGUAUUUUGGAAACUUUCACAAUGUUUCCAACGUAUAGAAAUGAAUUCAAACGUUUUCAAACUUCCACUUUUGAUUGCUAGAACAAUCUAGAGCUAUUGCGACUGAAAUAUUAUUUUACUUGAAAUCAAAUUUAGUUCAAAUUUAUUACAAAUAUUGUUUGAACACCCUCUUGGUGAUUUGGAAUUGGUCUUGUAACAAGGUUGAAUAGAUGUCAAAAUAUUGGAUGAUACUGUAAUUGAGCAUGGUUCAAACCUUGAUUACAUGAAGUUGUAGUUCCCCUUUCAUAUGAUUCAAGUGGUACAUGUUCCUUGGCUGCUGAAAAGCUCCACAGAGCACAUUUCCAACAAUAAGUAGACUGGGCAUAGCCUUAAUCUAUUGAAUUAACCCUCUAUACCAUACAUCAUUCCAUCUUAUAACUGAACUUAUUAUUAGAUUUAAUUUUUGCUAAUGGUCGUGUUGUGAGAUAUCAAUAUUCUAGUGAAAUUAAGUUUGUGUUCAACAUAGGUUUUUUUUUUACAUUUGAAUGAACCAUCGAGUAUUUUUUUGUUCAUUCCUUGACAAAGACUGGUGGUGUUCAGUUGGAAAGUUUUGUGUUGGAUAUUACAGUUAAACUAGCUCAAUAAUAUUUUUGUUGUUGGCAGAAACACAUGCACGAAGCCAUGAAGACAGCAAUGUUGUAUCAGGAUGUGUUUGGGAUUAAAUACUGAUGCAGUUGAG